AUUGGUUGGACGCCUCACUGACGUCAAGGGGCGGGACCCUCAUGGUGAAUGGGAGCCGCCAGAGAGUAAAAGGAGGAGGUGGAGAAGGGAGUCAUGACUCGCUCGGGGCUGCUGUGGACUCGGCUGGGCCGGGGAAUGAGCCGAGCUGGCCCCGAGCCGCGGCCUCCCGGGAAGAGGUGGCUGGUGGCUGGUCUAGGCAACUACGGGUUCCAGGGCACACGGCACAGUGUGGGCAUGGCUGUGCUGAACCAGCUGGCCAAGCACCUGAAUGUAGCUGACCAGUGGAGGAGGCAGCGUCAGUGCUGUGCAGAUGUGGCCAUUGCCUGCCUUGGAGAGGCUGAGCUGGUGCUUCUCAAACCGCGCCAGUUUAUGAAUGUCAAUGGGCACAGUGUGGCCCAGGCUGCCAAGAUGUAUCAGCUGGCAGCCGAAGACAUCUACUUGGUGCAUGAUGAGCUGGACAAGCCACUGGGGAAACUAGCCAUGAAGCUGGGGGGCAGUGCGAGGGGUCACAAUGGGGUUCGAUCUUGCAUCAGCUGUCUCAACUCAAAUGUCAUGCCCCGGCUCCGAGUGGGCAUUGGGCGACCUACCCACCCAGGGGCCGUGGAGCGGUACGUGUUGGACAGGUUCACAGCAGCCGAGCAGGAACGGCUGCCCCAGCUUCUGGAGCAGGCGACGGAGCUGCUUCUGAGCCACAUCCACCAGCGGAGCCUGGCGGGGACCACGCCCCCAAGCCCCUCCUGACGGACGCACCGCACUGGCCACGACUUAUGAAGGACUGUUCCCCCGCCAUGGGCAAGGGCAGCCUCUCCUUGCCUCGUUGGGUAGCGCGCAGGGCAGAGCCUUGGCAUUCCAGCCCCACGACCCAAGCUUGAGGUAACGUGCACCCAGGGCCCAGGUUCUCCUGACCCACAUUGUUGCGCUCUUCCCACCCUCCCAUAUGAGAUCUACCACACCUAUGUAAUCACUAAUUUAUGAGCCAUUUAAUUACUCUUCUGUCCCUGCCCAAGAAAUAAAGGUUUCUCUUCCGAGAAUGAA